CCACGAGCGCGCCGCACGGUAACAUGACGCGGGUGUCGCUUGCGCUGUGCCUCCUCGCCGCUAUAACCCUCAGCUAUGCCGAGAAGAGUAAAUUCUAUUACAUGGACUCCUUAUGCAAGGACCAUUUCCUGCAACGUCAGUAUCGCAAGCUGGACGGCGGCGUGCUGUGGUCGCGGAACGAGCGCAACCUGGACUGCACGGUCACGUUCCAGACGCACAGCAUCCUGCAGCGGUUCAUCCUGCACUUCGACCUGCUGCAGCUGGACUGCAACGACCACCUGUACGUGUACGACGGCGCGCACGACACGGCGCCGCCUAAGGUGGACCUCUCCUGCCGCAACACGAAGCAGCAAGUGUCAGUUCUCUUCACCAGGAGCAACUUCGUGACGCUCAAGUACGUCACAGAUAACUGGGGCACCGACGCCAACGGGUUCAAGCUCGUCAUCACGUCGGUUAAGGACCCUAAACACGGGUGCAAGGAGUUCAGAUGUGAACAGAGCAAAUUCUGCGUGAGCGCAGACCUGACGUGCGACGGUGUCGACCACUGUGCUGAUGGGUCGGAUGAAAACACUGCCGCGUUAUGUCCAGAGAUCGGCGGCAGCGGCGGCCGCGGCGCGUGGGUGGUGGUGGCGGCCGCGAGCGGCGCGAUGCUGCUGCUAGCCGGCGCUGCUGGCGCCUGCUGCGCGUGUAGGCGGCGUGCGGACAGACGCACACACUUACAGUUGCAACAACUGGCGUCGAAUGGCGCCAAGCCCGGGUCGCCGGCCACCGUGCUGCCGGGAAACUGGGCGCGCCCUGCGGGCCCCCGCGGGUACCGGGCGCCGCCGGGCCGCCUCCGGGCGCGGGCGUGAGCGCCGCGCACAAGGACGAGUGGUUCGUCUGAGGCGGCCCGGACGGGCCCGCAGGGCGGGGGCGCCGUACCGGCCCCCACUUAUUAUAGGAAAAGGAAUGACUGGGAGGUAAUGCAGUUCAUAGAAACACUACUGGGAUCCAUACCACUGUAGCUAAGGUGAUUUUUUUCAUCGUAAACGCCAAUUGUGACGUGUCGCGGCAUCUUGUUUCAUUGUUAAAUUUAACAGACUUGACAGUAUUGGCACAUAAAUCAAUAUAUCUUGGAUAAACAAAGAUGAUUACGUGUUUUAGUGCGUGCCAUUAAUCCAUCUUUUAGUUUUCGUGCGUCCGGGCUGAAUCCGGAGCGUGUCCGGACCGCCUCCGAGCGCGGGCGUGAGUGCCGCGCACUAGGAUGAGUGGCUCAUCUGAGGCGGCCCGGGCGGGCCCUCAGGAUGGGAGUGGCCCCCACUAAUACUAAGAUUGACUGGGAGAUUUUGCAGUUCGUAGAAAAACUACUGCUCUGUAUACAACUAUACAUCUGUAGCUACAGUGACUUUUUAUCCUAAACGCCAAUUGAAACGUGUCGCGGCAUCUUAUUGCAUUGUUAAAUUUGUAGUCUUGACACUUAAAUAAAUGUCUCUUGGAUAAACAAAAGAUUAUCACGAUGCUUUUAGUGCGUGUCAUUUACUCAUCUUUUAGUUUUGGCGCAUCCGGGCCAAAUCCGGGCCGUCUCCGGGUCGCCUCCGAGCGUCGGCGUGAGUUAACUUUUAUGAAGGCGUACUGUGACGUCUCAUUUAAAUCAUCAAACUUGACAGUUUUGACACAUCAGACAUCAAUGUAUAUUACGCGUGUUCUUUUGAUCCAUCUUAGUUUUCGAUUUGCGUUUACGGUUUAAAUCAGAGUUACCUUGCUAGUUCGUUUUUUCUAUGAACUGUAAUAUCCAUUACAACCCUGUUUUCAGUACAUAAAAUCAUAAACAUGCAUAAAUAUUUCCACAUGUAAAAGAUACUGAAAAGUCUGAUAUCAUUACAAUCAUUUUUUGCAAAUAAUUUGAAUGACACAACACUGUAAACGAAUUGUAAAAACUUCAAAUAAUAAUUUUAUUCAAAAAAUACAGAAUUUACAAUAAAAUGUACUAAAUGUUUCUUGACAUAAUGUACUAAAAUAUGUGUAAAUACAAUGUUAAGUGGAUAAAAUUAUGUUUGAAGUUUGCAAGAUAGAUUUUAUAUAUUAUAAAAGCAGAACCGUGCGUGCAACUAAUUUGCACAAAACCACCUGCAGUGUAGUUGUAUGAAGGAAGACUGCUACCAGGAACGUUAAGAGCACUCAAAACAUCUCUUUUAUAAUGCUGACUCUGACAUUGAACCACAAUGUAAAGUGUCUUAUGAACCAGACAAAAAUUGCUGUAAUAAACUUUAUUUCCUACUUAGGUACUACAGUUCUACAAAAAGAGUACUUUUGACAGUCGCAAUGGUUAAAUUCGCAGUCAUGGACGGAUGGUCGGCUGGCGCCAUUGGUAACGCAUUGGACCGGCAAUCCAAGGAUGUGGGUUCGAGUCCCACGUUGGCCAGAGUUGAUCACUGUUGAUUUUUUAAUUGCCAAUGAUGUCUGCAUUUAUAAUUUGCGGAGUACUUUUGAGAACAAAAAGCCGCUGUAAAAUCGACUUUUCGAAGGUGCAUCAUAAAAUAUAUAAAUUGAGUAAUUGCUCUUAGCGAUAUCCUUAAAAUAAGUCCUAGUGUAACCUAACUCACACGUCACUUGAAACUAAAAUGAGUAUAUUUUGAUUAUUAGGCCGAUAGUCCUUUAUCAUAGAAAUAUGAUCAUAUAGGCAACAUGGCGCCCUUUUUCUUCACGUUGGAGGAAAAGGGAGGCAAACAGACCUAUGGUUGUAUAUAUGAUAGUGUACUAUCAGCCUUAACCCUAAUUGAGAUUGUACGCCUUUUUAAAAUCAUUCAAAUGAAGUAAGUGUUAAGUUACUCGAGGACAUGACUAUUGUAAUAAAUUAGUUAUCUAUAAAGCUAAUAUGUUGAGAACGGCUGGGAAACGGACUAGAAAUAAACCUCUUCCUGUUUCUUCCAUAAUGCAAACUAUACCUACAAAAGUAAUGUUAUGAAAUUAGUUCCGAUAUUAUUUAUCUGAACCGAAUCUUAAAAAAUGGUUACCUACUCAAUAAAUGUAAAGUUCCCUGAUUUAAGACCUGAUUUUUUGGAGCAACUUUUAUUAAAUAUAAGUAAUGGUACUUUGUGGGUAACUACUUACUGAACAUUUAGUGUAUUGUUUACUUCUCCCCUUUUUGUACCUGAAAGGAAUUUUUGUGUGCAACGGGUGUGUGUAUUACCCGUUGGGUACAAAUAUACAGUCAGCAGAAGAAGUUGCGUAGCGGGCAAGGUGUUCAAAAUGAACUUGACACGAUUUUAUUUUUAAGACAAUAAGAGCGUGUUAGGAUCAUUGUGAACACCUUGCCCGUUACGGAACUUCUGCUGCUGACUGUAUACCUUGAUCCGGGACAUGAUAUAUGUAAAAUAUAUACAAAUAACAUAUUAAACUUAAUAUUUAUUCAGAUAUAAUCUAUCAGCUAACCGCUAAACUGCCAUAUUUUACGCAACCAUCAUAAUUAUUAUAAAUUAUAAGUUUAAGUACAUGAUACUCAUACUUCAAGCCCCAUUUUAUACGAUCUAAGUAAAUACUUUUAAACACAAAAUAAGUAUAUAAUUACCUCACUUAGAUGCCGGUUCGAUUCCCAGCUGGUUUCACAGGCACUGUCCCCGCUUCCUAACCCAACCCCAGUACCGACCCGCGAAACGCAAUUCUAAUGUUACAUACACAGCCGUUCUAGACUAGAAUACGCAUAUAUAAAAAAUACCGCAAGAAUAAUAAAUAUAAAUCACAGACAAUACUAUCGACUAUCAUAUCAUCAUAUAUCAUAUUAUUAUAUAAUAAAGUGGUUAUCGCUAUAUAUUAAUUAUAGCAAAACAUGAACUGUAUAAAAGCGAUCUUAAGGGCCCAUUUAGACGGUACGAGAACUCGCAUACGAGUUUUAUUACAUUGCGGUAUUUGAUGGCUGUGCAAAAUUGUACCUAUGUAACCUCAACAGCCCGCAAUGUAACAAAAAUCGCUUGCAAGUUCGCACGCCGACUAAAUCAGGUCUAAUGGACCUCUCGAAGUUAUAAAAAACUUAGUUUCGCUUCUAUACAGUUCUUUAUUAUUCUUGUGGCUAGCUAUAAUACAUUAUCAUGUUGUAAAUAUAACUUCAUGGGACAGUCAUAUUCUAAAUAUUAAAAAAAUGCCUCAUCUUUACUCAGUGUUAUACUAUCAUAAUGUUCACACUUUUUAAAAAAACGUGCAGUUUUUAAAGGAAUUUGACUGUACCUCUUCACAAAAAAGUUACACAUAGUAGUUAGUAACUGUUUUGUUCAGGGUCGAUAUUUUGCAGACUGUAUUAUUACAUGAACACGAUAAAUACAUUCUUAUUUACCUCCAGCAAUAAAGCAAUAAAAUGUAUAUUAUAUACGGAAGUAUUAUAUAACAUAUCUUUACACGUACAUAUCUUGGGCCGGAUGUCUAUCUAAUGUAAUCGUAAUAUAAUUUAAAGAUAUAGGCAUUUUAUAAAUAUAGCAAAAUAUUUUAUAAAAUACGUUUAAUUUUAUAGAGUUAAACUGAAAUACAGGCAUUGAGAAAUGAAAUAAUAGCGCUCACUUUGAUACUUGUGUGAAAAAAAUCUAAAAAAAAAAGCACAAAUGAUGAGCAAUUUACCAAUGAACGUAUUUCGGUCUAGGUAAAGAUCGGCGUACGUAUUUAAUGAUUAAAUCUGAAUGUAUAACUUGUAUUCGUGUAUGUUAAAGAGGCCUGUUGAAGCGGGGGGCGCGCCCCGUACUGUCCCCACAGUAGUACAUUGGGUAUUGCUGUACCUAAAAAGUACACCAUUGUUAUAAAUUUAGCUAAAUAUACUCAGUGUUGAUUACACAAUGUUGUAACUUAUAUCAAAUCAUAUAAUAAGCGAUAUUUAUAUGCGA